AUGCGUCUCAUUAUCCGUGACGACUCCAAAGCUGUGGGCGAGUACAUCGCCAACUAUAUCGCCAAGCGCAUCAAGAACUUCGGCCCGACUCCCGAGAAGCCCUUCGUGCUUGGUCUACCCACUGGUUCCUCUCCUAUCCCGACGUACAAGGCGUUGAUCGCGCUGGUGAAGGCGGGCAAGCUCUCCUUCAAGAAUGUCGUCACCUUCAACAUGGACGAGUACGUCGGACUGCCGCGGGACCAUCCCGAAUCCUACCACACGUUCAUGUUCCGGGAGUUCUUCUCGCACAUCGACAUCGAUCCCAAGAACGUGAACAUCCUAAACGGUACGGUUGAAGAUCUUAUCGGCGAGUGCAAGGCGUACGAGGAGAAGAUCAAGGCCGCUGGCGGCAUCGAGCUCUUCUUGGGCGGUAUUGGCGAGGAUGGCCACAUCGCAUUCAACGAGCCUGGGUCCUCUCUUGCUUCGCGUACGCGUAUCAAGACGUUGGCGUACGACACGAUCCUCGCCAACGCGCGCUUCUUCAACAACGACAUUGACGCUGUUCCCCGCAUGGCUCUUACCGUCGGUGUUGGCACUGUCCUCGACAGCAGGGAGGUUGUCGUUGUGGUUUCCGGCCAGCGUAAAGCCCUUGCUCUCAGCAAGGCGAUUGAGGAGGGCGUCAACCAUCUCUGGACGCUCUCGGCGCUCCAGAUGCACCCUCAUUCGCUCAUCGUCGUUGACGAGGAUGCAACUGCCGAGCUACACGUCAAGACCGUCAAGUACUUCAAGUCCAUCGAGGCUGUCCAAAACGAAGUCGAGGCAAGACACGAGGCUCUCUACGGAAGGAAUGAGGUCGGUAGCAUGGAGUAG